AUGGCUCAAUCACAACGUGUAGCGCAAUAUAUCUCUGAUGAUGAAAAUGACAAUGAAAUGGAGCUGGAAUCUUCGAAUAGUAGUGGAACAGUCAAACCAAAAACAAAACAAAAUCGACGAAAAUGGUUUCCAAUAUGUACAUACUAUAGCAAAGAAGGUGCCAUCAACAAGAUAAAAACGGAUGGUAUAUGGAGUCAGAGCAAUACAAACACAACCAGUGAAGGAAAACGAGUUUAUUACAGAUGCAAUCAAGUCAAAAGACGCUGUAAACAAUGUCCAGCUGCUGUACAUCUCUUAUACCACAGUGAAAAUGAUUGUGUUACAAUGUUUGAAACUGGUAGUGAUCAUUUUCAUGACGAAUUGAAAUCAACUGGAAUCAAUCAACAAUCAAGGUUGUUAAUUGAUGAACUGUUCAGACUGAAAGUCAGACCGAAACGCAUGCUCGAAACAUUAGAGGAAAAAGGCUUACCUGUUCCUCUAAGAAAACAGUUAUCGAAUUAUUUAGUGUCAUUGCGUAAAAAGCUGUAUGGUUCUCCAAGUAUAAGUUUAGGUGAACUUGAAGCUUGGUGUCAACGAAAUUCAAUUAUGCCGGAUGAAGAUGAUCAACCUUGGGUGCUAAGAUAUCAGAUUGAAUAUGAGGGUGAAACUGAUGAGGAUAAUGAAGAGGAUGAAGAUGAAGGGAACAAAUUUCGAUUCUUUGUUACUACAAAACGAUUAUUAUUCAAUGCAACUAUUUCGAAAAGAAUUCAUACUGAUGCUACCUACAAGUUGAUUUGGCAAGGUUUUCCUUGUCUCAUCAUCGGGACAACUGACAUGACAAAACAAUUUCAUCCUUAUGGAUUUGCAGUGUGCUCAAAUGAAAAGGAAAAGGAUUUCAAGUUUAUAUUUACGUGUAUUCGAGAUGGAAUACAGGAUCUUGACUUGGAAAUUAAUGAACAGGAUCUAGUGUUGAUCGCCGACGGUUCUGAUGCUAUUAGAAAUGCAUUCUCAGCAGUGUUUGGAUCGGAUCAUAGUAUGGCUAUGUGUUGGUAUCAUAUGCGAGAGCGUGUGGUAAAGAAGCUAUGUUUAAUAGAAGAUAAAGACUUACAUAGUGAAAUCAUGGAUGACAUUGAUACAUUGCAGUUGUCCAAAAAUAAAACAAUAUUUGAUAUGGCAGUGAAAUUAUUCUUGAAGAAGUGGAAGAGUGAAGAAAGAUUUCUUGAUUAUUUUUCAAGUGAAUGGUUAGGAUCGAAGAGCGGCUGGUAUGAAGGAUUGGAAUUGAAUUUACCGAGCACAAAUAAUGCCCUCGAGGCGACAAACCGGGUCAUAAAAGAUGAAGAUACGAUUAGAGAACGUUUGCCAUUAUCAAGAUUCACAGUUAUUGUAUUUGAGGUAGUUGGUAAAUGGUCAAAAGAACGAAAUCCUACACGUGUCAAUGCAAAAAAAUUCGAACACGAACCUACAAUUACAUUAGCAUAUUGGACAGACGGAUAUAACUGGGUUAAGCUAAACAAAGAAGUUAUAUCUAUUUCAAAAAGUGAUGAAACAAUUUAUUAUAUACCUGGUGGCGAGGGAACUACAAUUACAGAGAAAGAAGUAAAACGUUAUGAAAAUUGUAGAUUUAAUCUAUUCGACACGUAUAAGUCUGUCUACUUCAAAAUAUGGUGCUUAUGCUUAUCGAAUAAUCCGGAAGAAUGGAGAGCAUCAACUUGCACUUGUCCAUUCUUUCUUAAAAAUUAUAUUUGCAAGCACGUCAUCGGAAUGUCUAUCCGGUUAAAAUACUGCAAACCUCCACCGGAAGCAAAAAAUGUGGAAAUCGGUACCAAAAGAAAAAGAGGGAGACCAUCUAAAGCUAAAAAAGCUUUAUUGCUACAAUAA